CGAUUAUAUGUUUUGAAAUUAUCAAAAUGCACGUGCUUGACUGUGUGCUUCAACAAUUUGAAUUAAAGCAACAUAUUCCAGAUCCUGUAGAAAGAAUAGAGCAAAAUCCCAAAAAAGGAGCACAUCAUGCAAAUUGAGAGCUAAUUCAACAUGCUUACAUUCAGAAUUAGGAGUUGAGGGAGGAGGCUGUAGUGAUGGAGAGGGCUGACGCACCUAACCUAGGUGUGUACUUACAGUGGUAUUGGAGAAUUACUCAUCGAUGGAUAUUUUGGGAGAAUAAAGCACCCAAGGAGUACAUACCGAGAGGUCUAGUUAAGAGAGAGUUGGUACAAGAACUCAAUAAGGUUGCUUCUAUUUCACAUGAUGCAUUGAGAACAACUACUGAGCCAGGGGCGAGGAACGCGUUCCUUCGCAUCAUAGGAAAGAUUCAGUCUGCUCUUAGGAGGACGUAUAAUGCGAAACGUGAUGGACAUGAGGAACGACUCAUAGGAUACAAGCGUCGACAGGUCCGAGGACACACGGGAGCAGGCUCAAGUCGUGCACAUGAUAAAGCUGGAGGCUCACAAUAAGCUCAAGCCGGAUGUUCAUAGCAGGUUCAAGUCGACAAGGAUGUCAUGCACUCACAAGUUCACACACAACCGAACGUUGAGAUC